AUGGCGGCGAAGAAGGUGCUCAUGCUCUGCGGCGACUACAUGGAGGACUACGAGGUCAUGGUCCCGUUCCAAGCGCUGCAAGCGUAUGGGGUGUCCGUGGAUGCCGUCUGCCCUAGCAAGAAGGCCGGCAACAUCUGCCGCACCGCCGUCCAUCAGGGGAUCGGCCACCAGACAUACUCCGAGACAAAAGGUCAUAAUUUCACACUAAAUGCUUCAUUUGAUGAGAUUACUGCUAGUGAAUAUGAUGGGUUGGUAAUUCCUGGAGGACGUGCACCAGAAUAUCUUGCAAUGGAUAGAAAGGUGCUUAACCUAGUCAGAAAUUUCUCUGAUGCUAAGAAGCCUAUUGCAUCAGUUUGUCAUGGGCAGUUGAUUUUAGCGGCAGCAAGAGUAGUUGAGAACCGUACCUGCACAGCGUAUCCAGCUGUUAAACCAGUUUUGGUUGCUGCUGGUGCUAAGUGGGAAGAACCUGACACAAUGGCAAAAUGCACUGUUGAUGGCAAUCUCAUCACUGCAGCAACUUAUGAUUCUCAUCCUGAAUUUAUCAGCCUAUUUGUCAAAGCACUUGGAGGUUCUGUGGCAGGCUCAGACAAGAAAAUACUGUUCCUCUGUGGGGACUACAUGGAGGAUUAUGAGGUUAUGGUCCCAUUCCAGUCUCUUCAAGCUCUUGGCUGCCAUGUCGAUGCUGUUUGCCCUGACAAGGGAGGUGGAGAGAAGUGCCCGACAGCCAUUCAUGAUUUCGAAGGUGAUCAGACUUACAGUGAGAAGCCUGGCCAUGAUUUUACUUUAACAGCAUCAUUUGAAAGUGUGGAUGCUUCAAGCUAUGAUGCGCUUGUGAUUCCUGGUGGGCGGGCUCCGGAGUAUCUGGCUCUGAAUGAUAAAGUCAUCAGCUUGGUGAAGGCCUUCGCGGAUAAUGGAAAGCCAAUCGCAUCGAUCUGCCAUGGCCAACAGAUAUUGUCAGCUGCUGGAGUCCUUAAGGGGAAGAAAUGCACUGCAUACCCAGCCGUGAAGCUCAACGUUGUACUUGGGGGUGGAACCUGGCUGGAGCCUGACCCGAUCCACCGCUGCUUCACCGACGGCAACCUCGUGACCGGCGCAGCCUGGCCCGGGCACCCGGAGUUCGUGUCCCAGCUCAUGGCGUUGCUUGGCAUCAAGGUUUCCUUCUGA